AUGUCUAAAAUUGAUUUACCUUCAAUUCAAUCUAUAACUUCACAAAUAUCACCACCACCAUCAUUACCAAAUUCAAUAACAUCAACUACUUCAAAUAUAUCAAGAAAACAUUCUCUUUCAAAUAUAGAUAUCCAACCACCACCAUUAAAACGUCAUAAUAAACCACAACAAUUAAAUUUAAAUGGUACUUCAAAUGCUGAUUUAGCUUUACGUAUUGUUUCACCAGGUUUACCACCUUUAGUAUCUGAUGAAAUGAAAACUACUGUUAAAAUAUCACAAAAAAUUGAACAACAACAAAAAUAUUUAAUAAAUAUUAGAAAUCAUGGUAAAGAUGUGGAUCAAGAAGGUCUAUUAAAUAUGCAAAAGGAUCUAAAUAAUUUAAAAGUUCAAUUGGAAAAGGAAAAUGAACGACAAAAACAACAACAACAAUUAAUUCAACAACUUCCACCACUUUCUCAAAUGCAAACACAUUAUAUUCCACCACAACCCCAAAAUUAUAACCCUAAUACUACAUCAAAUUCACGUAUAAACUCAUUGAAAGUUUAUGCUUCUGAUGAUGCUGAUUUGAAUAGAUUAAAAAGGAGAAGAUUGGAAAGAGAUAAAAUACCACAACCAUUAAAUAUAUCAACUAAUUCAAAACCAAAUCCUAUGAUUAAUUCUGCACCAAUCCAACAAAUGAAAUUACCACCGCCUGCACCUGCUCCAAUUUCUAAUUCACUAUCGAGGGCUUCUUUACCAUCAGCACAAAUUACAUAUCAAACUUUAAAACCAACAAAGAAAAUAAUUAAUUCAAAUGUGAAUAUUAAUGCGAAUACUAAUUUACCAAGAAAAGCUAAAUCUACAAAUAGUUCGUAUAAAGAAAUUCAUAGUUUACUUGCAAAUUCAAAUCCUGUUACUGAUGUUUUUGCAGGAGAAGUUCAAAAAGCAGCACCACCAAAUGCUCAACCAUUAACAGCUCAAUCAAGAAUGAAAUCAGCAUCGACACAAUUACCUCAACCACCAAAACCAUCACAACCAACACCACCUCAAAGACUUCCAGUACAAUUACCAUAUCCUUAUCCUAUACCACAUUAUUUACCAGUAAAUUUAAAUCCUAAGAAGAAUGAAAUUUUUGGAAGUAUAAAUUUUAUGAAUGAAAAUAUAUUUAAUUUUAAAAUAUUUGAGAAAAAUGAUUUGAGUGAUAAUGGAAGUAAUGGAAGUAAUGGAAGUUCUACAACAAGUAGUGGGAACGGUAAAUCUCCUUUAUCAAGUAUUAAUUCUACAGAAACUAAAGAUAGUGAACAACAAGAAGAUUGGAUAAAUGUUGAAAAGAAGAAAUUUUUAAAAAUUUGUGAAACUUGUUGGGAUGAAUUUAUAAAAACAAAGACCUCGAGCUAG